GGUCUAAAACCGAGCACAAGCCAUAACCUCUGCAAUCUGCUGUCGUAUUUUAGUUGUUGUGCAAAGUGCAGAGAUUAUUUGGGAAAUCAAAAAGACCAAAACAAACAAAAAUGUAUCGACCAUCUUCAUCACAUCUUUCUCUGUCUAAAUUGAAAUCGUUUUUCAGACUCAGACACCCUUUUCAUCGAUCUCUAAUACCCACUUCUUCAUCUUCAUCUUCCUUCCACUCACUCGUUUCAGACUCACCCACCUCAAAUUCCCAUCUUUUGCCUCAUCCAACUCGCUUAAUCUCACAAACCCACUUCACUGGAACUCACCUGAACCUCCUCAGGAAAUACAGUUCUGAGUCGGUGGACCACAACAAAGAGGUGGACACUAUCAACCUCAAGUUUGCUGAAGCCAGAGAGGAGAUAGAGAUGGCUAUGGAGUCCAAAGAGACUGUGUAUUUCAAUGAGGAAGCAGAGUGUGCUCGGGCUGCUGUCAAGGAAGUCCUAGACAGGUUUGAAGGGCUAUUGGCCAAGUUGCCAGAGAGUCAGAGAGCUGCGUUGCAGAGGUCUAUGGGGCUUAAGAUUGAGCAGUUGAAGGCUGAGCUUCAACAGUUGAAUGAGUAAUGAGAAGCUGAGGUCCCCCACGUGUUUAGAGUAGGGCUAGAGCACCAAGGUGGGAAAAGAAAUCUGAUGGCAGUUAAUGAUUGGAUGAGGUUUGUUUAUCAGAACAGGACAUGGUUUCUCAUGUAAUAGGCAGGAACAUGGGGUGUCUGAAUUCCUCCUUGGAAAUACUCUCCACUGACUUCCCCAUGAGAGAUACUAAAACAAGAUGUACACACUGCUUUACCCAUCCUUUUUUGGAUUUUGUGAUUUCUCUAAUAUGAGAAAUUGACCUCUAGCUAUUAAAGAAGGAAGCUCAUUGAAUAAGCAUGUGUUUCACAUACAAAUUCUUUUAAGAUUGACAGAGUUUCACAUACUAGUAGCUUCUUUCUAUCAAA